AUGUCUUCCGAGAGCGACAACAAGCCCGUCGAUGAGGUCAAGUCGGUGACCUCGUCUUCUGUCUUCUCCAUGUUUGGUGGCGGCGCCAAGAAGGAGAAGAAGGAAGAGGAGGACCGUGGUGACAUUUCCGGCAGCGCGAAGGCCCAGCGCGAGGCAGCCGCAGCUGCGAAGGAGAGUGCGAAGGAGGGUGCUGGCGACGAGGAUGACCAACCCCCGGAGUCGGAGGAUGUCCACUUCGAGCCUGUUAUUCGCCUGACCGAGAAGGUCGAGAUCAAGACCCAUGAGGAGCAGGAAGAACAGGUUUUCAAGAUGCGCGCCAAGCUCUUCAGGUACCAUCCUGAGUCAAAGGAGUGGAAGGAGCGCGGCACUGGUGAUGUUCGCCUGCUUAAGCAUGUUGAGACUGGCAAGGUCCGUCUGGUGAUGCGCCGUGACAAAACCCUUAAGGUCUGCGCCAAUCACUACAUUCUCCCUGAGAUGACCCUUAGUCCGAACGUUGGCUCUGACCGCAGCUGGGUCUGGACGGCUGCUGCUGAUAUGAGUGACGAGAAGCCCGAGGCUGUGACUCUGGCCAUUCGCUUCGCUAACUCGGACAAUGCCAACGAGUUCAAGGAGGCCUUUGUCAAGGCCCAGAAGGAGAAUGAGGCCAUCAUGAGAAAGGCCAAGGGUGAGGACGCGAAGGAGGAGAAGGAGGAAAAGAAAGAGGAGGAGAAGGAGUCCGCCUAA